AUGAUUCACCUGGGAGUAUUGCAGGAUCUCAUUCGAAGUUUUCUCGACCAUUGCAGUCUUGAAGACGCCGUCUUCUUGGCCGAAUUGAAUUACAUAAGAGUGAAAUCCACUCGGUCACUUCUGCUAUACUGUGAUUGCUUACUGCGUCUGAAUAGAAGAUAUGAAGUGUACAACAUACUCCGGUGUCAUGCGCUUACAAACGCCAGGCUACGCUACCUCUUUGCCAAAUGUUGCUUCGAUUUGGAAAAAAAGCAACGUAGUGAUUCAGCGGUAAAACAGCCUUUGCGAUCAAACAGUGGCAAUAUUCGAUGCGUAACAUCGUCGGCAACACUGAUCACGUCUGAAACCACCUACGCGUCAUCGUCGAACACAAACCAGGACGACUUGCGCGAGGAGCAUAGCCUUGCUUAUAAGGAUUUGUUUCUAAGUGUUAAGUCAUUCGCCCUUGUUGAAGAUGCAAUUGGAUCUUACCAAUGGGAUGUCGCAAAAAAAAUACUGGGUAUGAGUUCUCACCAGUUCAACUCGAUCUCUUAG